UUCUUGCCAUGCUAUCCUUAGUAACCGCUUACCGCAAGCAGCAGGGUGACCAAACACCACCGCGACCCCCACCAAUCUCCAUGGAGACGCUCCAAGCUCAUGGCGAUCUUUUUGCUCGCAUCUUCCUCGUCCUCGUCACCGCCGUGACGAUCCUCUACUUCACGCGACUACUGCUCGCGCCGCUCAAGAGGCGCGCCGCCAGCAGCAGGUCGCCGUCUCUCCCGUGCCCGAGGGGCCUCCCCCUCAUCGGCAACCUCCACCAGCUCGGCGCCGUCCCGCACGACUCCCUCGCCGCGCUGGCCGCCAGGCACGCGGCGCCGCUCAUGCUGCUCCGUCUGGGCUCCGUGCCCACGCUCGUCGUCUCCACCGCCGACGCGCUCCGCGCCGCGUUCCAGCCCAACGACCGCGCCAUGUCGGGGCGCCCGGCGCUCGCCGCCGCCACCAGGAUCACCUACGGCCUGCAGGACAUCGUGUUCUCGCCGCCCGACGGCGCGUUCUGGCGCGCCGCGCGGCGCGCUUCCCUGUCGGAGCUCCUGAGCGCCCCGCGCGUGCGCGGGUUCCGCGGCGUCCGCGAGGGCGAGGCCGCCGCGCUCGUCGCCGCCGUGGCGGACGCGUCCGGGAACGGCUCCCCCGUGAACCUGAGCGAGAGGCUCAUGGCGACGAGCAACAUGAUCCUGCGCCGCGUCGCGUUCGGCGACGAAGGUACUGGCGAAGGAAGCAUCGAGGCCGGCGCCGUCCUCGACGAGACGCAGAAGCUUCUUGGAGCUUUCUUCGUGGCCGAUUACAUGCCGUGGCUGGGGUGGCUGGACACGCUACGGGGCCUGCGGAGGCGGCUGGAGCGGAACUUCCAUGAACUGGACGCGUUCUACGAGAAGGUGAUCGACGACCACCUCAACAAGCGCGCGGGUUCCAAAGGGGAGGACUUGGUUGAUGUUCUCCUCCGCCUGCACGGUGAUCCGGCUUACAAGAGCACGUUCAACAGCCGCAACCAGAUCAAAGGCAUCCUUACGGACAUGUUCAUUGCCGGGACGGAUACAACGGCGGCGACAGUGGAGUGGACGAUGACGGAGCUGGUCCGGCACCCGGACAUCCUCGCCAAGGCUCAGAAAGAGGUGCGCGGCGCCGUGGCCGACGGCGGCGGCGACAUCGUCCGCGAGUCGGACCUCCCGCGGCUCAAGUACCUGAAGCAGGUGAUCCGGGAGUCGAUGCGGGUGCACCCGCCGGUGCCGCUGCUGGUUCCGCGGGAGACCAUCGAGCCCUGCACGGUGUACGGCUGCGAGAUCCCGGCGGGGACGCGGGUGCUCGUGAACGCCAGGGCCAUCGGGCAGGACCCCGACGCGUGGGGCCCCGACGCGGCGCGGUUCGCGCCCGAGCGGCACGAGGAGGUGGCGGACCUCGGCGACCACAAGCCCUGGCACGAUAGCUUCUCGCUCGUGCCGUUCGGGGUCGGGCGGAGGAGCUGCCCCGGCGUGCACUUCGCCACCUCCGCCGUCGAGCUGCUGCUCGCCAACCUGCUCUUCUGCUUCGACUGGCGCGCGCCGGAUGGGCAGGCCGUUGAUCUGGAGCAGGAGACCGGGCUGACCGUGCACAGGAAGAACCCUCUCGUGCUCCUAGCGGAAAGGAGACGAUGCGUGAGGUGAAGCGAUAAGGACUCUUCCGUGGUAGUACAUGUCGUGACGUAUUUCAUUGUUCUUUUUUUUUUGUGUGUGUAGAAUGGAUACUCGCAUAUGUCUUCCCUUGGAACGAUUGGCUCUUGCAGUGUACGUAGUGUAUGGUUGACAAGAUCCUGUCACAAUCAUGUCCUCCGGACAAGCAUAUCGAGAAAUGUGUAUAGCAACAAAAGAGGUCGUGUUUUCAAAUGAUGGGCAAGUCAUCAGUAAAUAAACAAGAGAUAAAUUCACAGCCGGAGCUUUUAA